CUCCGUCAUUUCCAAAGACCAGACCAGAGAGAUCCGAACCUGAGAGGGAGGGGGGAAAUUUGGAGCCCUCGGGGGGGUCUAAAUUGCAGCGGAUUUGCGCGGGUGAGGUGGGAAUCGGGGCUCGGAUCCGGCGAGUAGGAGCGGAGGGGCCGAGAUCUAUGCGCGGAGGGGGAGGAGGACCGGGCUGAGGAGGAGGAGGAGGGGAGUUGCAGGGGCCCAAUGGAGGAGGAGGAGGCGGAAUCGUCCUCUGCGGCGGUCCUGGUGCUAGCGCUGGUGGCGCUCGUCCUGGUGCCGGCGAUAGUGCUGUUGGUGCGGAGCCACUGGCGCCGGGCCGCGGCGCGGAGGGAGGAGGUGCGUCGCCUCGCGCGGCUGGCGGCCGAGGAGUCCGAGCUGGCGGAGCGGGAGUCCGUGCUGGCCUACUACUCCGAGCUGUUCCCGGGCGUCGUGCACGCUGCGGAGGUGCCCGAGGCGCCCGAGUGGGGCCUGCCGCCGGUGGUCGUGGCGGCGGCUCAAGGCCCGGUGCAGGAGGAGUUCGACGCGCAGCCGCAGCCGCCGGUCGGGGCAAAGGGGGUCUGUGCGGUGUGCUUCAAACAGACCACGUUCAGGUGCAAGCAGUGCAAGGCCGUCAAGUACUGUUCCUUCAAAUGCCAGAUAGCCCACUGGAGACAAGGUCACAAAGAUGAAUGUCAUCCACCAACUGUUAAUACUAGGCCCGAUGAUGAAGGAAAGGCUGAAGAGGGAAGAGCUGCCCAAGAGAAUGUAUCAGUUGGUGUUAAACAGGUUUCUGAAAUGAACAAACCAGCUGUUGGAUCAGAAACUUCUGAUUUAAACCAUAAUUUGAAGAGCUCAAAUGGUAAAAGUAAACAUACGCUUUCAGAAGCAGUAUGUACCAGUGCAAAGGUUCCUGGAGGUCAUCAGUCCAACAGCACGGUCGAAAUUUCUGAAAAUGUUCCAGUGUCUGUUGACAGUAGUAAGAUGGGAUCAAGUAUGAAACAUGCAAAUGCAAAUUUUGGUGAAGAUGGUUCUUCCACCAAGGACUUAAAUGGGGUGUCACCAUGUAAGUCUCAGUCUUCUCCAUCAAACAUAAAUGGUCAUAGCAGUUUUGUAAACGAUGAAUUCUGCAAUCAUUCCAAGGAACACCAAAGAGCCAAGGAUGGCAGUGUUGUUGAUGAUUGUCUUCAGACAAGCAGUACCAGAGAGCUUGAAGACAGUAGCAUUCCCCAAGCAGCUGCAUAUGCUGUCUUGGAGCCCAAAAGUUCUAGGACUCCUAUUCAUGUAGAACUUGAGAGGUCUAAAACGAAAUCUGUUGGUAAUGACAGCAUUCAGAGCAUGAAACCUGUGCCUUCUGCAUUGACUGUUGACAAAGCCACUUCAGUUCGUGGGAAUUGUUCUAUUACACUUAAUUCAUCUAAAGUAGCAGAUAAUCUUCCUGAUAGAAAUUUUGAACCUUCAGAUAGGUCAGGUUCAACAGCGAAUAACCUUGCAACAUCUCUGAAGAAAAUGGUCAGGCAGCAAACUGCACCAAAAGUUGUGAGGCAUUAUCCAUCAGAAUCUACACUCUUCCCAUAUGAACUUUUUGUGAGGCUCUAUGUCAAGGUUGAGUUGCGCCCGUUUGGUCUUCAUAACCUAGGCAACAGUUGCUAUGCAAAUGCUGUUCUUCAGUGUUUGAUGUUUACUCGACCACUCACAACAUAUCUUUUGGAAGGGCUUCACUCAAAAAACUGUUCUCAAAACGGAUGGUGCUUCAUGUGUGAAUUUGAAAAACUCAUUGUGGAGGGCAAACGGCGCAAGAUUGCCUUGUCACCAACUGGGAUACUCUCUCAUUUGAAUGACAUUGGCAGUAGCUUUGGUCCUGGUAAACAAGAAGAUGCUCAUGAAUUUCUUAGGUAUGCAAUUGAUGCUAUGCAAUCUGUAUGCACGAAGGAAGCUAGAAAAGGAGGUGUUCUUCGGUCAGCGGAAGAAACAACUCUUGUCCAAUUGAUAUUUGGGGGCUAUUUGCGAUCUAAGAUCAAAUGUUCAAGGUGCCAUGUUAGUUCUGAACAAUGUGAGCCCAUGUUAGAUCUUACUGUUGAAAUAGACGGUGACAUUAGUUCGCUCGAUGAAGCACUUGUGCGCUUUACAUCCACAGAAGCCUUGGAUGGAGAAAACAAAUAUCACUGCAGCAGAUGCAAAUCUUAUGAACGUGCUAAAAAGAAGCUGACAAUAGAAGAAGCGCCGAAUAUUCUGACUAUUGCACUGAAAAGAUAUCAGUCUGGCAAGUUUGGAAAGAUCAGCAAAGCCAUCAGAUUUCCAGAAACCCUCAACAUAGUUUGCUAUAUGAAUCCAGAUACUGAUGACAUAUCGCCAGUUUACAGCCUCUAUGCAGUGGUUGUCCAUCAUGAUGUCAUGAAUGCUGCCUUCUCUGGUCAUUAUGUAUGUUAUGUUAAAGAUACACAUGGAAAGUGGUUCAAGGCAGAUGACAGUCAGGUGAAACCUGUAUCUCUGGACAAUGUUAUGUCAAAGUGUGCUUAUAUGCUGCUGUAUGCAAGGUGUUCACCGAGGGCACCGAGCUCUGUUAGGCAGGCUAUUUCGGACCCAGCACGCCCGAAGAAGGCCAAACAGAAGGUGGUUCCAGGAGGAACAACAUGGCGAGGAGGUUCUUUCAACAGGCACCAAGAUGGUCAGCGGCAUAGCAACCACACGGCAGAUGACCUUACCCAUGCAUUUGACGAAUAUAGGAAUGCACCAUAUUCGCCUUCAGAUUCUCCGAGUCCUAGUGAGAGUUCAUCCCUCUUUAGCAACUCUGAUGCAGGGUCGCACAGCACUGUAAGCACCGAUAGCAGCGAGAGCACGAGGAACUCGACCAGCACCGAGGAGUAUGAGUAUGUGUUCGGAGCUGCUGAUCAGAUGUACCCAGGAGGCCCCAUGGGAGGAGCACCUGUGGAGAGUGAUCAAAUGUACCCAGGAGGCCCCAUGGGAGGAGCACCUGUGGAGAGUGACUAUUCUACGUAUUCCCGAUCCAGGUCCAGCUUGAAUACCAGCUCAUCAGGCCGGGAUGCAUACAGUGCGGCUAGCUCUGCCGACCACAAGCAUCAGGUCGUCGGUUCCGGUGGGCAGGUUGAGGGCGAUGAGAGCACGUCCUUGUUGUAUACUGACAGAAGUAAUCAGCAGUUGAGCAGUAAGUUAACAGACCAAUAUAGGCAGUUAGAUGGGAGCGGACAUGACCCUGGAGAAACCAGGGGCGGUGUCUUAUUGAGAAGACCAUCUAGGGACAGGACCGCUCAAACAUUUUAUUGAUGUGCAGGGUUUGGGCUGUAGAGAAAUAAUGUAAUGUAGCCUGUAAUAUUAUCUCGCUGCAUUGUGUAAAAAGAGAAGAGAGAUGUCGUAGUCCAUAAAAGUUGAAUCCCCAACUUGGUGAUAUAAUCCCGAGGAACCUGUAACAAAUGUCACGUAUUCCACGGGAUCGACGUAGGACUGUAGGAGUAGAUCAUAAGAUUAAUGCAAAAGUUCAUU